UAGUGUUGAAAGCUAAGCAUCCCUGUGUACGCAUUUUGGGGCGCAUAAUUUUCACCGAAAAAACUUAAGAAAACUGGAGUAAUUACCAUUUAUUGUGCGAGUAAUAUAUUUGCAAUAGCCUUGCGCAGGUUUUAUACAAUAUAAAUUCAACGUGCAACAAUUUUGUAAAGAAAUAUAAAUAGAAACGCGCCUUUUCCGACGUACAGUGAAUUUGAUUAUUGAAUUUUCCAGUUGCACGUCGCCAAUUUGCUUCGUCGUUUUUGCAAAAAGUGCGGGGUGUCGGCCUAUGGUUUAGAAAAAAGCAAAAAGAAAAAGAGAAAGCAUAACUAUCUGAAAAAACACUUGAAUUGAUAUCAAUUGCAAACAUGAGUGACUUUCAAACGCAGCAGGCGAGUUUAAGUCAAUCGCAGGCAUUGGCAGCUGCCAUACAGCGUGCCAAGCAGAUUGCCGCAAAGAUUCAACCAAAUCCGCAGCAACAGUCACAGGGUGGAGGUGAUAGUAGUGGUCCUUCUGGAGCAGGAGGAGGAGGCAGCAACAAUUUCAAGCGUCACAACGACGACGGCGACAGUGGGCCAGACUGCAAACGCUCCUUCGGUAGCCCCGACUACGGGCAAAACAACUCGAACAUGAGCAGCGGCAGUGGAGGUGGAGGUGGAGGCGGUGGUGCAAAUAUGACUCAAGCCAUUGCACAAGCAGCUGCGGUGGCCGCACGUUUGGCCGCCUGGCCGGCGUCCACCUGUGAGGAGCAGGUUCGGAUACCCGAGAGCAUUGUUAGUGCAUUUGUCGGUCGCAGCGGCAGCGACACGCUUAGCCAUCUGGAAGCCGAGUCUGGCGCCAAACUGGAGCUGAUGCAGAACCAGGAGCGAGUCAUCACGUUGCGGGGAUCACGCGAGAACUGCACCAAAGGACGCGAGAUGCUGCAGCAGAUGGUCAGCCGCAAUGGUGGCGGCAGUGGCAGCUGUGAGGUGCUGCUAACCAUCAAUAUGCCGCCGCCGGGUCCUGGUGGUUAUCCGCCGUACCAAGAGAUCAUGAUUCCGGGCGAAAAGGUUGGCCUGGUCAUUGGCAAGGGCGGCGAUACUAUCAAGCAGCUGCAGGAGAAGACGGGAGCUCGCAUGAUCAUCAUACAGGAUGGUCCCAAUCAAGAGGCUAUUAAGCCGCUGCGCAUUUCCGGUGUUCCCCCAAAGGUCGAGCAUGCCAAGCAAAUGGUCUUGGAUCUCAUUGCUCAAAAGGAUGCCCUGGCCCAGCAGCAGCAGCAGGGUGGUGGGGGUGGUGGUGGUGGUGGACGAGGCGGUGGCGGUAACGGUGGCUCAGAUCAAGGAUUCAAUAACUUUAACAAUGGCAACGGCGGCGAAAGCGUCGAGGUCUUUGUGCCCAAAAUCGCGGUUGGAGUAGUCAUCGGCAAGGGUGGCGAUAUGAUUCGCAAAAUUCAAACUGAAUGCGGCUGCAAACUGCAGUUCAUCCAGGGCAAAAACGAUGAGAUGGGAGAUCGUCGCUGUGUCAUCCAAGGCACACGUCAACAAGUGGAGGAUGCCAAGCGCACAAUUGAUGGACUCAUUGAAAAUGUGAUGCAACGCAACGGAAUGAAUCGCAAUGGAAAUAAUGGCGGAGGAGGCGGAGGAGGUCAAGGCGGUGGUGAUUCCAACAACUCCAACUAUGGUUAUGGCUACGGUGUAAAUCAUGCUCAAGGGGGACGCGAAGAGAUCACGUUUCUGGUGCCCGCCUCCAAAUGCGGCAUUGUUAUUGGACGUGGCGGUGAGACCAUCAAGCUCAUCAAUCAGCAGUCGGGAGCACACACAGAAAUGGAUCGCAAUGCCAGCAAUCCGCCCAAUGAGAAGCUCUUCAAGUCCAAGGGCAGCACUGAUCAGGUGGAAGCUGCGCGCCAAAUGAUAUCCGAAAAGAUCAACAUGGAACUGACGGUGAUCUCGCGAAAACCGAUAAGCGGUGGCGGUGGAGGUGGUGGUGGCGGUGGAUCCAACAAUUCCCAUCACAAUCAGCAACAGGGCGGCUAUGGUGGCAACCAGAUGCAGGGUGGUGAUCCCAACGCAGCUGCUGCAGCGGCCGCAUACCAACAACAACAACAGCAGCAACAACCAUGGGGCGCCUAUGGACAACAAGGUGGCUGGGAUCCGGCUGCCGCCCAACAGCAGCAACAAAUGGCAAUGGCGGGUCAGGGUCCAGCAGGUGCAGCAGCUGGCGCUGGUGGCCAGGAUUACUCAGCACAGUGGAUCGAGUAUUACAAACAAAUUGGUUGCCAUCGUGAAGCCGAUAUGAUUGAGCAGCAGAUGAAGGCCAAGCUGGCGACCAAUGCUUCGGGUCCAAGUCAGCAAGCACCACAGCAACAGCAGCAACCCCAGCAGCAGCAGCAAGGCGGUGCCAACAGUGCUGACUACAGCGCACAAUGGGCGGAGUACUAUCGCAGUGUGGGCAAAAUCGAGGAGGCCGAAGCCAUCGAGAAGACGCUCAAGACUAAGCAAAAUGGAGCCGGCGCUGGCGGAAGCGGAAGUGCGGCCAACCCGAGCCAGGGCGGACCUAAUCCGAGCCAGCCCAAUGCAGCAGCUGCGGCAGCUGCAGCAGCCGCUGCUGCAGCGGCCGGUGGCUAUGCCCAAGGUAUGACUCCUAGCCAAUAUGCACAAUAUUCACAGUAUUAUGCUGCAGCGGCUGCUGCGGGUCAUCCGCCAGGAGCGCCUCAGCCUCAAGGUGGCGGUGCCGGCGGCGGUGGUGGCGGCCAGGCUGGUGGCCCACCAGCUGGAUAUCCAGGGGGCUAUCCGGGCGGCGGCUAUGGCGGCUAUCCCAGCGGGCCAGGUGGUGGACCGGGUCAGCAACAACAACAGCAGCAGAAAUCACACAAGAAUGAUAAGCAUUAAGGUGACUGGAUGUGUGAUGUGGGUGCCUUUGUCAUGAGGCCGUUCAGUAAAUCCAGACAUCUUCAAACCAGUUCAUAACAGUAACAGAAAUCUGAAAAUGAAAUCGAAACUCUUAUGAAAACUAAUUUAAAAAAAUAAUAAUAAUAAAAAAAAAUAUAUAUAUGAUAUUGAUGAUUAAAACCAAUUUUGAUAGUAUAUUAAGAGCGUGUGAACCUUGGUAAGAUCUUCUGUUGUUAUUGUGUAUGUCUUACAAAUCUUACAAUGAAAACCAUAAACAUUUUAAUGCCUAAACAAUAUAAAUAUAUAUACAUAACCGUAGGUCUGCUAUUAUGGAAAAAUUAUAAAUCGAUAUAUAUUGAUAUUUACAUUUAUAUGCAAUAAAUAGCCUAAGUUUUAUGUCUCUUAACGAAAAAUAUUAAUGUUGCAACAGCUGAAAAUGAUAUGCACCUUCUCUCUCUCUCUCUCUAAUAAAUACUUGUAUAAGAAAGUGGGUCCGCCGCAAGAUUUACUAAUCUCUUUCGCAGCAGCCUACGACGAUAUACUACAUUGAAUAAACACACAUAUAAUAUAUAAUAUAACU